GUUUGUUGUUAAACUGGUAGUGCUGCUCAGUCUCAGUAAGGGAUGACAUCUCUCAAAAAGGCUUUAAAAACCCACUUCGGGUUCGACAGCUUCAGGUCUAAACUGCAGGAGGAUGUCGUCAAAGCGGUCAUUAAAGGGGACAGGGAUGUGUUUGUGUGCAUGCCCACAGGAGCAGGGAAGUCCCUGUGCUACCAGCUGCCUGCCAUGCUGGCUCAGGGCAUCACCCUGGUCAUAUCCCCGCUCAUCGCUCUCAUUCAGGACCAAGUGCAUCACCUCAGGGAGCUGAACAUCCCUGCCUGCUCCAUCAACUCCAAGCUCCCUGCGGGGGAGCGCCGCAUGAUCCUGACUGACCUGGAGAGCGAGAGCCCGAAGCUGAAGCUGCUCUACAUCACCCCGGAGAUGGUGGCGUCUCCUUCCUUCCAGCCGUGCCUGGACGGCCUGUGCUCCCGGGGCCUCCUCUCCUACCUGGCUGUGGAUGAGGCGCAUUGCGUCUCCCAGUGGGGCCACGAUUUCAGGCCUGACUACCUCAAACUGGGUGAGCUGCGCACCCGCCUGCUAGGGGUGCCCUGUUUGGCGCUUACAGCUACAGCGCCCAAGAACGUGCAAGAGGACAUCCUUCACUCCCUGAGGCUGCGCAUGCCGUUGCACUUUGCCACGCCAGUUUUCCGCAGUAACCUGCGCUAUGAUGUCAUCUAUAGGGAGCUGCUACCAAACCCCUAUGCCCACCUCCACGCCUUCAUUAAAGAGUCUCUGGCACUGGUCAGUGGGGCCAAAGGACAGCAGGGUUGUGGGAUUGUGUACUGUCGGACCAGAGAAAGCUGUGAAACAGUGGCCCACCAGCUGACUAAACUUGGAGUCUCGGCCAAGCCUUAUCAUGCAGGUUUGAAGGCAGGAGACCGUACCGAGGCCCAGAGUGACUGGAUGCAGGGCAAGGUGCUGGUUAUUGUAGCCACCAUUAGCUUCGGCAUGGGCGUAGAUAAGGCUAACGUCAGGUUUGUAGCCCAUUGGAACCUUGCCAAGUCGCUGGCCAGUUACUACCAGGAGUCUGGGCGAGCAGGGAGAGAUGGGCUGCCCUCCUCCUGUCGAACCUACUACUCCCACAGAGACAAGGAGCAGAUGAACUUCCUGAUCAACAAGGAGGUCGUCCGCAAACAGGAGAAGCGUGGCUCCGCGAAGGACUCUGACAAAGCAGCCAUCACAGACUUCGAAGCCAUGGUGGCAUUUUGUGAACAAGAAGGCUGCCGUCAUGCCACCAUCUCAAAGUUCUUUGGAGACAAGACUCCCAACUGUGCCGGUGCGUGCGACUACUGCCGUAACCCCAAGGCUGUACGGGCUCAGAUUGAGAGGGCGGCUGUGCUGAGCACCAAGAUAGCAGCAGCUCAGAGCAACGAACCCAGGGGCCCGUUUGGCUUUGACCCCGAUCUGUAUGCAGGAGGAAAACGGGGCUAUGGAUUUGAGAGGUACGAUGAAGGCGAAGCUUUCAAUUCUGAUGAUGAAACUACAAAGAGGAAGAAGGAGUUCGGUGACCUCUUCAAGAAGCAGAUGGAUCUUCGAAAGGCCAGUGCUGGUCAAAAGGAAGUCUUUGUUCUGCCAGAUGCUGACUGCCCGCUCAGAGAGGCCAGCAGCCAGAGGAUCCCCAAGCUCACCGUAAAGGCCCGGGAACACUGUCUGUCCCUCCUGCAGGAGGCACUGAGUGACCACCAGGGGGCAGAAAGUGCAUUCAACUGUGACUCCCUCUCUCUGGCAGUGGAUAUUGAACAUGAGGUCUUCAAGAACAGCAAGUCCGCCAACUUGUACAAAGCCAGUGUCCUGAAGAAAGUAUCAGAGAUGAAGAAAGGAGCACCUGCUUCAGCAGCAGGAGGAGGAGGAGGAGGUGGAAGACCAAGAGAGGAAGGAGAGGAUGGGAUGGGCAGCAGCUCCAGCUUGACCAGAGAAUCAGAGUCAAAACCCAAGGAGGAGGCGGCAUCUUCAUCCUCCUCCUGCCUCAGCGAGGAGCUGCACGGGUUCACACCUGCAUCCCAGAUCUACUCUAUGAAGCGUAAGAGGAUAGGGGCAGGCCAGAGGGGCUCAUCCAAUCCCUUCCAGACGGCUAAGGAGUUGCUGCAGUCCUCAAAUGGUGAUCCAGCGUCUAACAGAGGUGGGUUCUACCACGACAGUUUGGGAAGCUCUCGAGAUUUGGAUAGCGAGGUGAAGAGGAAGAGGAGAGAUGAGGCAAGCUCAGAUACGUCUUCAGUCGUGACAUCAUCCAUCAGAGCCAGAGCGAAUGCCGUCGCCGCCUCCUUGAACAGCCCGACCAAGGGAGGCAGGGCGCUGAGCAAGAAGCAGCAGAAGCUGGCGGAAGCUGCGAAGAACUCACGCAACAUUUCCCUGUACUUCGGGAAGAAGCCAACGACAGAGAACAGCCACAAGCCGGACACGCAGAAGGGAGUCGAUGCUGCCUCUUCUCAGAACAAUGAGAUGAUUCCCCAAACAAAUGUCACCCAACAGGAAACCUCACCUGCCACUGAGGAAGAAGAUAUGGAUACUGUUCCUAUGGCAACAAGUCCUAUAGAUUUAGUUACUGAGGACACGAUUCAAGCAGAAAGUAAAACAGAAGUGAUUGUUAUACAUGAUGAUGGUGAUGAUGAUGAACUGCAGACAGUUGAGAUGGUGAAGAAGGGACUGACUCAAGAGAUUUCCAAACAGGAUACCAAGUCCAACACAGAGCAAAGUGUACUUCAGGAAGAAGCUGAGUCACUUCCAAUAGAGAGGUUGACAGAUGAUAUGAAAGCAGCAGAGGAGUCCUCCCAUCCCGCCAAACACAGCUGCCCCCCUGAGAAGAACGGGAACAGACGGAGGGUGACCUUUAACCCCCACGUGCAGGAGAGCACACUGCACCCUGUUCAUGAGCCACCCAAACCUGUAAGCCUGAAGGAAGUGGCUGAUAUCGUGGUGCGCUGUCUGGACCCAUUUUACGCUCAGGGGAAGUUUGCCACCAAGGAUCUGUUCAAGUCAUUUGCUCGCUACUUGUCUCACCUUCUUGCGGAGGGGAGGAGUCAGGGAAGAGGCCAAGUCAAGGCAGAGACCAAGGCUCUGGUCAAGAAGUUCUUCAGCAGAGUCAAGCGCUGCGAGAAUGAGGCGGACUGGAAGGACCUCAAACGACUUCACAGCUCCAACACCACCGAGAACAAGGAAUGAAGGGGAAGAGACACAUAGCCACUUCCAGGAAGGGUGAAAGACCUUCCUCUUUGUCAAUGCCUGUGCUUCUGUUGCGCCUCUGUGGUGUCACCAUACAAGGCUUUCCCACAGAGCUCUCGCUGACCAAGCUGGUUUGCUGCUAGGCUUCCACUAUUUCAAGCCUCAUCGCCGCCCCAGUCAUGCAUCUCAAUAAUGUCGCAAUAAAACACGUCGAAUAUAUACAACCUGACUGCUGAGCAGAAUGAGCCCCGCAGGAUGUAAACCAGACAGGUCUGUGUUUGGUGGGUUUUACACGGGCAGCCAAGACGUACGAGAGAGGGAUUGUUUCAAAUCCUGUUACUGCUGCUACAUCGUCUCAGGCUGCUGGACCGCGGGACGUGAAGCCAACUAAAUGUCCAUGAAGUCUAGACGUGAUGUGAAACUGACUACUCUGUUUGUCUGUCUUAUCUUUUUAUGUUGUUUUUAUGCUUUGAUACCUGAUCUCGUCACCUUAGCAGCGAGUCUGGCAAUGAGAGAAUGUGUGCAGUAGGAUGCUUUUUUUUUUUUUUUUUUAAAUAUAAAAAUUAUAGAGUUUACUAAUAUGCUUUGAAAUGAGGGAGAUGUCCAGUAGCUGUGUGCUGCAGCUGGAAGCUGUUCAUUGUGUGUUUUUGUUAGGAACUGACCGAGAGGCCGUGGCUUUCUGUCCCGGCUGGGUCAUAAAUAAGUCCAAAGAUACUUUAUGAACACAAAACCCUUCCUGUCCGGAGAUAGUGAACAGCACUACUGUUUGCUCCGAACUGUUUACAAUAAAGUCUAUGCACAGA